GCAUGUAACACCAGAGAAGUUCUAUGUGGAAGCUUGUGAUGAUGGAGCAGAUGAUGUGCUUGCCAUUGAUAGAGUCUCCACGGAAGUCACUCUUACAGUUAAGAAAGAUGUCCCCCCUUCAGCUGUUACAAGGCCUAUAUAUGGUAUUUUGGGAACCAUCCGAUUGGUGGCAGGCACGUAUCUUAUUGUAAUAACAAAAAAGAAAAAAGUAGGUGAGAUUUUCAGUCACGUAAUCUGGAAAGCAACAGACUUUGACAUCCUCUCUUACAAAAAGACCAUGCUGCACUUAACUGAUAUUCAGUUGCAGGACAAUAAAGUAUUUUUAUCGAUGCUUAAUCAUGUCUUGAGUGUGGAUGGAUUUUACUUCUCAACAACGUAUGACCUAACACACACUCUGCAACGGUUAGCCAACACCAGCCCGGAGUUCCAAGAGAUGAGCCUCCUGGAGAGGGCAGACCCACGGUUUGUGUGGAACGGACAUCUUCUUAGAGAAUUUGCUGCUCAACCAGAGAUCCAUAGGUUUGCCACGCCAGUGAUGCAUGGAUUUAUCACGAUGCACUCUUGUUCUAUUAAUGGCAAGUGUUUUGACUGGCUGCUUGUUUCCAGAAGAAGCUGUUUCAGGGCUGGUGUGCGCUACUAUGUAAGAGGUAUCGAUUCCGAAGGACAUGCUGCUAACUUUGUGGAAACGGAACAAAUUGUGCAUUACAAGGGGAGCAAGGCAUCAUUCGUUCAGACCCGUGGAUCGAUUCCUUUUUUCUGGUCUCAAAGACCAAACCUCAAGUAUAAGCCAAAGCCACAGAUCAGCAAGUCAGUAAAUCAUAUGGAUGGCUUCCAAAGACAUUUCGACUCGCAAAUAAUAAGCUAUGGAAAGCAAAUGAUUGUCAACUUGGUUAACCAAAAAGGUUCGGAGAAGCCUCUUGAGCAAACAUUUGCAAAAAUGGUAAACAGCAUGGCAAAUGGAAUGGUCAGAUAUGUAGCAUUUGACUUCCAUAAAGAGUGCAGUCGCAUGAGGUGGGAUCGACUUCAGAUUUUGAUGGAUCAACUAGCAGAACAGCAAGAUGAGUUUAGUUAUUUUCUAGUUGAUUCAGAUGGUAAAAUCGUGACUCAGCGAUUCCGCAGUAACUGCAUGGACUGCCUUGAUCGAACUAAUGUGAUUCAGAGUUUGUUAGCACGCCGAUCUCUUCAAGCCCAGCUUCAGAGGCUAGGAGUUUUGCAUGUUGGACAGAGAAUUGAAGAGCAAGCAGACUUUGAGAAAAUCUACAAAAACGCAUGGGCCGAUAAUGCUAACGCUUGUGCCAAACAAUAUGCUGGAACUGGUGCCUUAAAGACAGAUUACACAAGAACUGGGAAGAGAACUCAGUGGGGCUUAAUAAUGGAUGGAUGGAACUCAUUAAUACGUUACUACAAAAAUAACUUUUCUGAUGGAUUUAGACAAGAUGCGAUUGAUCUUUUUCUUGGAAAUUACUCAGUGGAUGAAGUAGAAUCUGCUAGUCCUCUACAUGUCAAGAAAGAUUGGAAGUUCUUAGCUUUGCCUAUUAUUAUGGUGGUUGCUUUCUCCAUGUGCAUUAUUUGUUUGCUAAUGGCUGGUGAUACAUGGACUGAGACACUGGCCUAUGUGCUUUUCUGGGGAAGUGCAAGCUUUGGAACUUUCGCCAUCAUCCUUUACAAUGGCAAGGAUUUUGUAGAUGCCCCCAAGCUGGUCCAGAAAGAGAAGAUGGACUGAAUUUGUGUGUGUGGAAAGCGGCUUGGUACUGAGGAUUCCUCCAGCCAUGCUUGGAGUCUUUACUGACCUGCUUUCCACACCAAAAAUGGUCUUUUUAACAUUCU